GCGGGGCGGGACGGGGGCGGUGGCAGCUCCCGGUGAAUCGCGGAGGCAGCGGCGGCUCCGGUUGAAGCGCGGAGGAGGCUCCGCAGAGCAGGGCGGGGGCCACCGUGGAGCGGCGGCUCCAGCCCGGUCUGCGCGCCCCGGCGGGGCCGGGGGCUCUGCACCGUCCUCACCGGGUCCUGCUGAGAACCGGGGGGAAGCACCGGGACACGUCCCAGGUGAGGUGGGAGGGAACGGCUCGACUUCAUCUGCCCGCCGGUCCUGCAGAUGCUGCCAUGUAUCCCAGGAUUAAAAGCCUUGUCCUUUACACCUUCUCGAUCACGCUGCUGGCCGGGGUGUUGUAUAUGAAGAAGGAGGCAAAGUUGGCAGCAUCGUCAGCAGAGCAGAAAGUGGCUGUGGCGGGUCACAGACUGCAGCCGUCGGUCCCGGACAGCGCUGAGCACACCAAGUGUUUGCCGAACUUGACCUUUGCCAAUUCUUCCCUCGCCCUCCCGGAGCCUCACCGCGUCUUCCUAACCUACAAGCACUGCAGGAACUUCUCGGUGCUGCUGAGGCCUUCCAGGUGUAGCGAAGAGAUGUUCCUCCUGCUGGCCAUCAAGUCUUCCCCCAUCAACGUGGAGCGGCGCGUGGCCAUCAGGAACACGUGGGGGAAGGAGGUCUCCAUUGGGGGCAGGCGUGUCAGGCUCGUGUUCCUCCUAGGGCGCUCCGAGGCCAAAAUCCAGCUGCAGCCCCUGCACCAGCUGCUGGCAUAUGAGAGCCGGGAGUUCGAUGACAUCUUGCAGUGGGAUUUUGUCGACAACUUCUUCAACCUGACCCUCAAGGAGCUGCAUUUCCUCCGCUGGUUCACGGAGGACUGCCUGCACGCCAGGUUUGUGCUGAAGGGCGAUGAUGACGUGUUUGUCAACACUUACAACAUCGUUGAGUUCCUCCGGGAGCUGGACCCUGAACAGGAUCUCUUUGUUGGGGACGUGAUCGCCAAUGCCCGGCCCAUCAGGAACACCAAGGUCAAAUACUUUAUUCCAGAGCUCAUGUAUGGAGCCACCUUCUAUCCUCUCUAUGCAGGAGGAGGGGGAUAUGUGAUGUCUAGGGAGACAGUGCGUCGCCUCCAGAGCACCGCAGAGGACACGGAGCUGUUCCCCAUAGAUGAUGUGUUUGUGGGGAUGUGUCUGGCAAAGAUGUCAGUGACCCCAAAGAACCACGCUGGCUUUAAGACCUUUGGGAUCCAGAGACCUUUCAAUCCUUUUGAUCCGUGCUUGUACAAAGAGCUGAUGGUUGUGCACAAACUGAACCCAACAGAGAUGUGGAUUAUGUGGACGCUGGUGAAGGAUGACAGCAUCAGGUGUGCGGUGUCGGUGACACACAGCUACAGCAGGAGCUGGAAAAGGAGCUACUGAGGAGCCCAGCAGGACUGUGGCUGGUGACAGGGUACUUAAACUAAAAAUCAGGUUGUGGUAGAAACGUGUCCAUUACUAACAGACUGCACUGGAGCUGUCAUGGUUUGGUUUGAGUCUUUUUCUGUCGGGGGUUACUUGAAGCAGUAGAAUUAUCGCAGGGUGGGGGUGUGGCUGUGGCUUGGUGAAGGUGCAGGGAACUCGGCUCCUCCCAGCCAGACUGUGCCAGGGGAAGCCACAAGUGCCACCUGCACUGGUGUCUGACUGCCGGCCAAAGUCAGUCUCAUGUGGGGCAGCCAGCGAUGACUAAUGAGUGACAGAGCAUUUGAAAUUUUACUUGAAGGCACGGAAGAAAGGCCAGUAUGUCCUGCUGGGUCUGCUGUCCCAGGGCAGCAACCCCACAGCUCCUACCAGACAGCAGGAGAAAGGGAGUGGAGUGGGGAAGGAAAAGCUUCAAAAAUAAAUGGCCCUAACACAGCAGUGAUGAUGAGGGACUGAGCUCUGCCUCCAGCAUUUAGGCUUUUACAGAAACUCACAACAGGUUUACAUGCACUGGAAACUUAAGGACGAACACUUUCUGAUUUGGUUUGAGAGGAGCCAUGUGUCUUGAAUAACCAUGGCAGUAUUAAGAGUGGCUGUAGCUUCCCAUGUUGUGUGGGAGGUGUUUGGUUCGUCCGUUGUUGUAAUGCGUAUAAAUAAAAUAGUUUUGAAAAGUAUUUACAUGGGAAUGUUCUUAGGUCUCCUGAAAGCUAAGAGCCCUAAAAGCCAGGGAAGGCUGAGAUCCCGUGCUGGGUAUUUGCAUUAAAGAGGAAAAUGUUAUGUGGAAAUGGACACUUCUCACUUCCUUUUCUGUGAGCUGUUCUCUGCCCUGUCCAAACAAGAUGCAUCGACACAAAAGUGAUU